GGGCCUGCAAGUGCGUAAGCAAAAAGUCACCAAAUCAGUACAAAACUCAAAAACUUGUCUCCAGGUGUUGCGUGCUUGGCAAGCAGCGAUCAUUGGGCCACACAUCCGCUGGCACCACAUCGCUCCAAUUGCGCAGCCAAGCCUAGGCAUCCGACAUCAGAGCAUAAGCACCGGAAUUGGAUUUGGAAUCCAAGUCGAAGUCGAAACGCGGGUCGCAGCACUUAGCGCAUGGGAGCGUGAACCAAAACAGCAAGAAUGCAGCUGCAUGACUGCAUAAGCUGCUAUUCGACUUCUUUAUACCCUAACCUGCGCUGCGCUGUGCUGUCAGGCCGCUCAGCUGGUCCAAUAUACCCUCCGUCUCGUUUGGCCGUUGGAGGCAGCAAAAAGUAAGUCCGUGCUAGCACGCAAUGCCGGUGCCAAUCCGCUUUCGCAGUCGACGAGUUGGAGCUGCGCAAGAACCACCAAGAGCUGCCCGCAAAGACAUGACUACAUGCAGUGUGACCAGCACACCAGCGCGGUUCGCCCGCUGCCUAGCUAACUUCCAGGUGGACGAGCUGCUGCUGCUGAAGAAGUCCGUGAUGAGUAUGGAGUCGCUGGAUAAGAACGAUAGUCUCCCGCCGACUACUGAAUGCCCACAGAUGUCGCCGGAUGGAUCGCCGCUGCCAGAGCGAAUGGCCUUGAUGGCCGCAGAUCGGGGUGAGCACGACACAACUGGCUCCCAUGGUCCCUGGCACUCCCAUCCACACGCGCCGACUUCCUGGACCGAGGAGAAGCCCUCAAAGUUGCAGACCCUCUUCCAGAUCAGCAUUACGGCCCUGGCCUUUCUCUCCUUCGGCGGCUAUCUACUCUGCCUAAUCGUGCAGGCCAUCAAGAGCAAGGGCACCACCUACUUCCACCCGGUGGCCACGGCCACCACCAGCUCAUCCACAGGCAAUGUGAAACGCAUCAAGAUAUACCGCCGCAGCAAGCGCAGCUCCGUGCGCCACGAUAGCGAUCUGCCGACUCUGCUGCAGCAGGACUACGCCUCCUACAUGAAAUCUUUGCGAGAUCGCGGCUGGGGCAUGCUUACCUAG